GCUUUUGUGACCUUUUUGAGAUAGUGCCUUCGAUGCCAGCUCAAAAACCAAUGACGACGCCGUUGUCGACUGCCGGGCCGUCGCACGAGGACAAGCGUCUUAAUGAUGAGCUUCUACAGACACUGCGGGCCUGCGGGUUGUACGAGAGCGACGAGCAGCUCGCACGACGCGAUCGUGUGCUGAAGAAAUUGCACGAUAUAUUGCAGGAGUACGCACUGCACGAGGGUCUGGGACUCUACAGCGAAGCGGAAGCGGCCGUCAAACGCGUGCAGCUCCGUACCUUCGGCUCGUGCCGCCUCGGUGUCCAGAGCUGCGAGGCCGACAUCGAUACACUGUGCGUUGCACCCAGACACUGUACGCGCACAAGCUUCUUCGAGAAGGCCCCGAUUUUACUGGAGGCGGCGUCCAGCGUCACGGGACUGCGCGUCAUUAGUGACGCGUUCGUGCCAGUGAUCAAGAUGCAGGUGGACGGGAUCCCAGUGGACCUGCUGUUCGUGUCACUAGAUCUGGACUCAGUCCCAGAGGAUCUAGAUAUGCUGGACGACCAGAUCUUGAGAGGAAUGGACGAGGCCUCGGUGCGGAGCUGCAAUGGCGUCCGCGUGACGGAGCGAAUUCUACAGCUCGUGCCCAAUCAGGAGCGAUUCCGGACGACAUUGAUCGCUGUCAAGCAUUGGGCUCGGAUUCGAGGUAUCUACUCGAACGUAUUGGGCUUCCUCGGCGGAGUGAACUGGGCCAUCUUGGUGGCGCGGAUCUGUCAGUUCUACCCGAACUCGUUGCCGGCGUCGCUGCUGUCGCGCUUCUUCAGGAUCUACCAGAUGUGGACGUGGCCGAAUCCGAUCAUGCUCGACCGGGUGGACAACCCACUCAACCUCGGCUUCUCGGGAUGGAACCCGAAGAUCAAUGUUCGGGACCGAUUACACCUGAUGCCGAUCAUCACACCGGCAUAUCCAGCGUUGAACUCGUCGUAUAAUGUGAUGGCUUCAACCUUACGUAUUCUCAAGGCUGAGUUGGGUAGGGGGUUUGACCGGACACUUGAGAUUGAGACCAAGAAAGCUUCAUGGACGAAGCUGUUCGUAGCGCCAGUGUUCUUCCAAAGGUUCUGUGACGUAUCCUCGAGUCCUGAGCCUUGUGAUUGCCUUGCUGCGUUGUUGACUGGUUUGGUUUGUGGUCAAUAGGUCAAAACAUUUUCUUCGUGUCCAGAUCACAGCAAAUAAUGCCGAAGACUUCGACGGGUGGUUCGGCUGGGUCGAGUCAAGACUGCGGCAUUUAUUCCUUCGGUACGUGGCCUGUUGAUCUUCUUUUCGGGGCUGAAAACUUGCAUCUCGACUCGUGAUUUUGACAGCACAUGGUGACCGGAUCCUGUGAACGCUCGCUGGGUAACCUGAUCUCUCUGCUGACUUUGUUGUUGCAUUUUACUAGAUUGGAGGCUCUGCCGGACAUCCGCAUCCACCCGUUCGCUCGCUUCUUCGACUUUGUUGAGACCAAGGACGAAAGUCCAGAGAGCUCGUCCAAGUGUGAGGUUCACACCUCGUGGCUGUUCAUCGGACUGAAGUUCCCAGCCCCCACAGCAGCUCCAGUCACAGGGGCGACGCACAAUGUGGAUCUGACGGGUGUGAUCCGCGACUUUGCCUUGUACACGGACCAGUGGGAAGGUCGCCACGGCGGGAUGGACAUGCAGAUCGAUCAUGUUACACGUUCGCAGAUCCCGGAGUGGGUACUGGAGUCUGUGGACAAUGGAGCGGACGACAGUAAGCACGUGAGGAAGCAGACGGCAGAGAAACCUUCCAAGAAGAAGAAGCGAGACGAUGAAGUCGCUGCUGUUGACUGCCCUACACAAAAUUCGACAAAGAAGAGUAAAGGUACGUGCUGACAAAGGUUAACUCCGCGGCCAGUAGCUUUGUAGAUCGGUAGCAACAAGUAGGAACUGACCCGCAGAGUCUGGCUGGUAUAGUUUCAUUCUCAUCUUGACUGUAGUCGGAUUAGUCGGGAAUGGAUGGGAUCAACUGUUUUGACACACUUACUCGUUCUUGAACUCGGCCUUGCGCUUCUCCACAAAGGCGGCCA